AUGGCCCCUAGCCCGCCUCAGGCUGCGCGAGGACUCUCCAUCCCCCGUUUUCCCUCUUUUCACGCUCCCCUCCUCUCCGGCAGCGCCACCAUCCCCUCGCUGAAGCAUCGCCUGCAGAGGAACGUGGCCGCCGUGGCCUGGAAGCCGCUCUGCGCCUCCAUCCUUGCCGUCGCCUGCCAGAGCUGCGUCCUGGUGUGGCACCUGGAUCCCACCUCCCUCUCCACCAGACCGUCGUCCGGCUGCGCCCAGGUGCUGUCCUACCCGGGUCACAGCCCUGUCACCAGCCUGGCGUGGGCUCCCAGCGGGGAGCUGCUGCUCUCGGCGUCACCGGUCGACACGGCCAUGCUGGUGUGGGACGUGUCCACCGAGAACUGCGUCCAGCUGCAGUGGUUUGGGGGCGGCGGCGUCACCUACUUGGCUUGGUCACCGGACGGCAGCAAGGUCCUGGCGGCCACUCCCUCCGCGGUGUUCAGAGUGUGGGAGGCUCAGAUGUGGACGUGCGAGCGGUGGCCCACGAUCAAAGGACGCUGCCAGGUGGGACGGGGACUUUUCCCCCCGACGCAGGGCGGAUAUCGCCGGGGGGGCGCGGAUGGGGAGAUGCAGGGACAAGUGGGAGGCUCGAAAACAGCUUCGAUCGUGGCGGAUCUGUCCGAGACCACCUUCGAGACGCUCUACGGGGAGGAGAGGAUCGGAGGAGAGGUGCACUCCAUGGUCUGGGACCCCACGGGUGAGAGGCUCGCCGUGAUCCUCAGAGGACAUCCCGAGGCUCCCGGCAGCCAGACCGUCAUCGCCGUGUUCCGCACCCGCAACAGCCCCAUCUUCGAGCUCCUGCCGUGCGGUUGCCUGCGCGGCGAGCGCGGUGCGCGGCCCCAGCUCAUCGCCUUCCACCCCUGUUUCGGGAAGGGCGCCCUGCUGACCGUG